AUGGCCAAUUCAGCUGAGCCAUCAUCUUCUUUGAGCUUCACUUCACCUUCCCAUAUAUCAAAUGGUUCAAUCAGCCACAACUUAUCAUCCUUUGAAGCCCUGCCUAGUCUUGAAGUCAUCAGUUUGACCAAGCUUAGCCUUAGUUUGGACCAGCUCUUGGGUGAUUCUGGCUGUGAUUAUUGUGAUGCUGAAAUCAUAGUUGAGGGAGAAUCUGUUGGUGUUCACCGAUGUAUAUUAGCUUCUAGGAGUAAGUUUUUUUGCAAACUAUUCAAGCAAGAAAAGGGGUCUUCUGAGAAGGAGGGCAAACCGAGCAAACCAAAGUAUAGUAUGAAGGAUUUGCUCCCUUAUGGUGACAUUGGAUAUGAAGCAUUUUCGGUUUUCUUGAGCUACGUGUAUACUGGAAAGCUGAAGCCUUCUCCCGUGGAGGUGUCAACUUGCGUGCACAAUGUAUGCGCCCAUGACUCAUGUAGACCUGCAAUCAAUUUUGCUGUGGAAUUGAUGUAUGCCUCUUCCAUUUUCCAAAUGCCAGAUCUGGUUUCAAUAUUCGAGCGACGCCUUCUUAAUUUUGUUGGGAAAGCUCUGGCAGAAGAUGUUAUCCCAAUCCUUUUGGUUGCUUUCCACUGUCAGUUGAGCGAGCUUCUCACUCAUUCUAUAGAGAGAGUGGCACGAUCAGAUCUUGAUAGCAUCUGUAUUGACAAGGAACUUCCGUAUGAGGUUGUAGAGAAAAUUAAUUUGCUCCGUCAUGAUUCUCAACAUGAUGGUGGACUGAACACGCCGCCUGUGGACCCCUUGCGUGAAAAAAGAAUCAGGCGAAUACAUAAGGCAUUGGACUCAGAUGAUGUUGAACUUGUGAAACUUCUUUUAUCUGAGUCGAAUAUAACCUUAGAUGAGGCCCAUGCUCUCCACUACGCUGCAGCUUACUGUGAUCCUAAGAUUGUUACUGAAGUUCUUGCCUUGGGUCUGGCUGAUGUUAACCUUCGGAAUUCUCGGGGUUAUACCGUGCUUCACAUUGCUGUGAUGCGCAAAGAGCCAUCAAUUGUAGUAUUGCUUCUUAGUAAAGGAGCUCGUGCAUCAGAGCUGACAUCAGAUGGUCAGAGUGCGGUUAGUAUUUGCCGGCGGUUGACAAGGGCAAAGGAUUAUCAUUCAAAAACAGGGAAGGGGCAAGAAACGAACAAGGAUCGAAUUUGCAUUGAUGUUCUAGAGAGAGAAAUGCGGAGGAAUCCAAUGGCGGGAAAUGCAUCUAUGUCUUCCCAAACAAUGGCUGAUGAUCUGCACAUGAAAUUGCUGUACCUGGAGAACAGAGUGGCUUUUGCCCGUUUGUUCUUCCCUAGUGAAGCCAAGCUAGCCAUGGUCGUUGCUCAAUCCGAGACAACGUCUGAGUUGCCAUCAAAAGGCUCAAGUGGGAACUUGAUGGAGGUUGAUUUAAACGAGACCCCCACUGUGCAGAAGAAAAGACUCCAUUCUAGGUUGGAAUCCCUUAUGAAAACAGUCAACAUGGGUAGAUGCUAUUUCCCCCAUUGCUCAGAAGUCCUGGAUAAGUUUAUGGAGGAUGACCUACCUGAUUUGUUUUUCCUUGAGACGGGCACCCCUGACGAGCAGAAAAUAAAGAGGAUGCGUUUCAUGGAGCUCAAGGACGAAGUCCAUAAGGCAUUUAGCAAGGACAAAGCCGAACUCAACCUCUCUGGGUUGACUUCCUCAUCAUCCACCUCGUCUCCAAAAAAAGUUGGUGUAAAUCACAAGACUAGGAAAUAGUGUAGGGCAAGUAAAUUGUAUCUAAUAAGCCUUGCAAUUACGAGUAAAUCUUUUUAAAGUUACUUACGAGCAACUAGUGUUGCUCCCGUCUGUAAAAUCUCAGCAGAUGCAAAUUGCCCUGUUAACUACUUCUACAAACUAGCAAGUGCCUAGUUGUCCUAAUUCUGUCCUGUAGCAGAUGAUUCUGAGUAGUUGGCAUAUUGAUCAGUGAAAAUUAGUUUUGCCUAUCUCGUCUGUCCAUUUGAUACUCAUACAUAAUCAAUUUGAGCUCUUGAAAGCAAA